CAUAUUUACAUUUGCAUGCAGCAAUAUACUAGUCGAACGCCAUUUUUUGUAUAUGUUGUUAUAUAUUAUUUGAAGAAAAGUAUUCGUAUUUAUAAAAGAAUUGGAAUUUUGUGGUCUAGUUCAUAAUCUGUUUUAUAACUUAUCGUAUGUGCGUUCAAACGAACUACAUUUUUAUUGCAAGUGGUAUUCAGACAUGCGCGAUGACACCAGUCUGAAGAUUGAAUAAGCAUCUUCAUAGAGACGACUUCCUGUCUUUUACUAGUUGUGGCUGAUGUAUUUUAUAUGUUUCAAAAAUGGUGGAAAUAAGGACAAAAUGGGAAAGAAGUAGAAUACUUUAUUCGGCAAAUCAUGACAGAGGCACAUGAAGAUGGCAACUACUUGGUUAGAGUGCGUGCCCAGGUGAUGAUGCGUGACGACAGCACGGGUGGAUGGGUCCCUAUGGGAGGUGGGGGCUUAUCCAACGUGUCUGUCUGCAAACAUGCUGUACCUUGUGAUCUUGGAGAGAACAAACACGAAUACCUUAUUUAUGGGAAGCGUAUUUCCGAUCAGUCAGUAGUCUUCAGUUGCACAAUCAAGAAAGAUUUCGAGUACAAUAAAGUAAUGCCUACAUUUCAUCACUGGAAAACUGGUGACAAAAAGUUUGGACUCACUUUCCAGACUGCAGCAGAUGCUCGGGCUUUUGAUAAAGGAGUUAGAACGGCUGUUGAGGAGUUACUUGAUGGUCUGUCUGAAUGCUCACCCCUUCACAAAUACAAUGCAGAUGUAGGAGACGAUGAUGUAUUUAUGACGCUGAAUCUGCCUGUGGAACGUGGAGAUUCACGUUCAUCAUCAGAUUCGUCGACAACACGCGGAGGAAGUCGUCAUGCAACGCCACCAACGGAACCCCACCAUCUACAUCGCAUACAUUAUGUGACCCGAAGAACUGCGGGAGGUCCGGCGUCUGGCACUCCCACUGACAGACAGUCACAGACUCCAGGUCUGCCAUUGGAGCCCUCAAGUCCACCACCAGUGACAGAACCAGCAACCAAGGAAAAUUACUCAUAUGUGCAGUUAACGGCUGUGCACGAGUAUAUCUAUCCUGUUGUGGAGGAACGGAAACACCGUGAUUCCUCUGGCAGCCUCAAGAAACGCAGCCCACCUGACGCCGGAGGUGGUGGUGCACCAGCCUCUCCACCACCACCAAUUCCACCUCCAGGGGCUGUCAGCGGAAAAGGUCGUGGAACUAUUGGUGUAACUUCUGGUAGGCGUAGGCGUUGCCGUCACUGCCAAGAAAUGUAUCUGGAGGACCACAAUCCCCGUGGCAGCUGCGAGUAUGCACCCGAUUGUGUGCGUACUAGUAUUGAAAGAGUGGCAUGUGUUUCCUGUGCGCAGUGUCUCGUGUACCAUUGCGCAGCAGAUGCAGAAGGUGAAUUUGUACGGCAUCCUUGUGAUUGUGGUCGUGAUGAAGGCUGUGGACGGCGUUGGGUGGGCCUAGCUCUGCUGUCGCUGCUGGUUCCCUGCCUAUGGUGCUACCCUCCUCUCAGGGCUUGCCAUUUGUGCUGUGUAGCUUGUGGUUUGUGUGGCGGUCGUCAUCGACCGGCUUCCUAGCCCAGCCCACCCCCGCGCCUUCCAAAGGUGCUGUUGCCCUAAAGGGCUUUCAAGAGAUUGCAGAUUUGUGAGACUUCCUUCUCCUUGAAUCAGAAUGCCCAACUGGCACACAGGGAAUUUUAGGGAAAACACCAGUAACCAGUGCCAUGCCACAGUUACUGAUGGCUUUUCAUUGGCAUCUUUGUUCAGUAGUCCAUAGGAUGUUGCCCCUCUUACAAGUAAAAAAGUUGAGGUUCACAGUCCUCAGUGGCGGGCUCUGUAGACACAUAGGUGACACUGCUUUGUUUAAGGUACCCCUUGUGUAAUUGCCAGGAGUUGUGCGAUAGGUUAAUGUUAAUGUGAAGUUGCUAACAAGUGCCACAGAAGAAAUUGUUGUGUCAAAUAGGCUGAUCCCCAGAUACUGUGCAGCGACUUGCUUUGUUAUGGAAUUGUGUGUCAUUUCCAUUUUGCUGAAAUAUCUGUGUAUAGUUAUUGUGGCCUGAAGCUGCACAGUUAUGUUAAUCACUGAGUGCAGGCAAGACAGUGUGGUGUGCCAAAGUGAGAAUGUUAAACUGUAUUUUCCAGUUACACGUACAGAUGAAAAUUUAUCCCACCGGACAGGUAUUACAGUCAGCAACUGUCAGAUUUAUUGAAAGAUGCACUUGAUAUGGAAAUCGUUAAAAUAAUGUGAAUACCAUUGUACCAAGGGGAAGUUGUGAUGGGUUUGACUACAGUCUCCCACAAGAAUGUUGGUUUCACUCAUGGUAUUACCAAAGAAAAUGUAACUGCCACUAAUUUUUCUCGUAGUUUUGUAUACAAUUGAAACAAUUGCAGGAUAAAUAUUGGCCUAUUGGAUACAGAAUGUGGGUGCAGAAAUAUUUGUCGACAUGCUGCUAUAAAUCCACUUCUGUCACACAAAUUAUCCUGCAGUUGAAAUGGUGAAUGUUCUUUGUGUUAACUACUUUGAACAAAAGUAAUGGAGAUUGUGUUGAUUUUUAACCUGAAAUGGAGAAAAAUUCUAUUUGGUCUGUAUUGUCAUAAAAAAAAAAAAAACACUGCUCAUAUGACCUGGCUUG